CAACAAUGGAAUCGACCUCAUGUGAAUGAAUCAAAUUCCUUUGUGCAUUUCAGCGUGAUCUCCUUUGUUGAGAAUCACCCGUAAUCAAAAUUUACACCUGCUUCUCGUGACUCAGCUCGCUGGAGUAUGAGGCUCUACGUGGCGAACAAAAGAUAGAAUCUUUCGCAGGAGGCAGCGAAGAGUGAUUGGGGCCACGAGAAAGGGUGACAGGAUACCAGGUCGAUGAAGGCUCAACGCGAUGGAUGAAGAAGACUCUGUUGGGGCCAACAAAUGCCCUGUCUGUGGGAGUGAUCCACGAACACACCCAGGGCUCCGAUUCAAGAUCAACACGAAAUGCUAUCACCGAAUUUGUGAAGGAUGCGUCGACCGGCAUUUCUCAAGCGGCAAAGCAGAGUGUCCUGUAGCAGGGUGCCAUGUCAGUCUCUGGAAGCGAGAAUGGCGGACGCAGACGUUUGAAGAUCUGAAAAUCGAACGCGAAGUUGAGAUUCGAAAACGUGUCAACAAAAUUCUCGAUCGUCAGGAGGAAGAAUUCGAGACCAAACGCGAUUAUGACGACUUUCUGGAGUUAAAAGAAGAACUGAUUAUGAACCUUGUGCUUCGCACUGAUGUUGCCGCGACGAACCGCAAGCUCAAGGAAUAUGCACAGGCGAACGGGAUCAAGACAGACUCGGCCGAUGGGACCACCGAGGCGGGUGGCAAGGCCACCAGACGAAAGGACGUUGCGCCGGACGCAGCAGACCCAAGCGGGCUGAUCAAGGGUUUGAAAAAGAUUGUCAUUCCCGAAGCGAAGGCACCAUAUGACCCAUUCAUGGGUAUGCCCCGGACUAAAAACUACUAUGAAGUCAAGGAAAGCUACGUCAACAAAGCUAGAGGGAAGCCGACCGACGCGAUGCUUGCUGGUGGAUAUGACUUCGCGCAAUAUAUGGACGAAUGUCUCCUGCGGGCAUUUGCAGGGCUCGGCGUAUUCAUCGAGGACGAGAUGUGUGCAAGAGAUAACACGGCUGUCCCAGUGCCCGGGCCAGCGACAGUCGCAGCUUCGAACGAUGUAUUUUAGUUACAGCACUAUCCCUAGAGAUGAUACACCAUGCUGGAAGUCAAAGAUGAUGCGGAGCGGAGGGCCAUGAUUGUGGCUGCCCCACCACAUAACGCAGACAAAAAUGAGUUAUCUUAAGCACUUAGAUUAUUAAUCUAAUAUUCAAUAUUUCUAGACUCA